CCUGGGACAGGGGCUGGUGGUCUACAGCCCCGAAAGAAAAGACAAUGUAAAAGUAUAAAAAGGACACUGAACGCAAUCUAUUGUUUUCCCUGACUGUCCGUUCCGUCAGUCCAUUUGUCGGGACAACUAUUGCUAUUUGGACCAAAGCGAAUGGCCAUUGAAGAUAUAUAGUAAUCUGGUGUGAAAGUAGGUAGCAGACAGAUACCAUGCAGAUGAGUGUUGGCCCAAGUCGUGGGCCUGUCUUUGUGGCCCCGCCCAAUGGUAACCACCGAUCGCCAGGAUACGUCCACGGCAGAGUCGUACCCGUCCGCUCCCCACCUCCAGCCAAGUCCCCACCCCCUCCCCCUUUGAAGCCCAUUGGCCCACCUCCUGACCGUCGGCCAAAUUUUUGCCUGUCAGAGGAGAGCCAGCGCCGGGAGCGUGCUCAGAGCCUGGAGAAGAGGAGGAACACCUUCAUCUGCUUUGGAUGCUCCCUGGGGGCAUUCUUCUUGACCCUAAUCCUCGUCCUCAGCCUCAGCAGUGGAGAAGUGUUGGAUGAGAACUGUCCAGACCACAACACCUUACUGAGAAGCUGGAACCCAGGACACAACCCAGAGAAGGCCAUGGUGGUCCGGAGGGGAGAUCUGUUUCGACUGGACUCUUCUGCCACAUUUUACUCCCUAACCAUUCAGUCCGGAGGCCUAGUGGUCUUUGCCGAUAAUAAGGAGGGCUCCAAAAACAUCACGGUUAAAACGCGCCAUGUGCUGAUUGAAGACGGGGGCGCGCUGCACAUUGGCGCCCCACAAUGCCGCUACCGCUCCCGGGCCACCAUCGCCCUGGUGGGCCGCUCCGACGACAAGUCUGUAGCUGAGGUACCCGAACUGGGGCGCAAGUUCAUCGGGGUGCGUGGGGGUGCAACGCUCGAGCUCCACGGGACCGAGAGACUGUCCUGGACCCUCCUGACCCGCACAGUUCCCCCCUCAGGACUAGCCAGCGGGGGCUACGCCUUUCAGCGCAACUUCAGCCGUGGCAUCAACCUGCGCGUCGUCGACCAGGACACGGCAGAGUUGCUGUUCUACGAGCGCUAUGACACCCACGAGUCGCAGAACGACAGCCGCAGACUCUCGCAGUUGCUCCGUUCGCUGCCGGCGGGGCGCAUCGUCACUCUGGCUGUGGGAGACUCAGCUGUCAAGAACCUGCUGGACGAGACCAAGAAAACCAUUCAGAGUCUGCUGGCCAGUACCUAUGUCUGUGACCUGAAAUACAGGCAGGCCUGGGCCCUGGUAUCUGUGAUUGGUGGAGGCAAUGGCUCGUGUUCCGAGGACGUGCGGGAACAUGAGAACCAUGACACAGGGGGAAAGGCGCUGGCCCGGCAGAACUUCACCACUGUGGAUGGGGUCGGCUUCUCUGUCACAGCUUACAGUGAAUGGAGGAAUGGUUUUCCCAUUUCUGGUUUCCAGAUCGACGCUGUGGAUCAGGUAGUCCUCAACCUUCAGGAUGAUGUGCACACCUGGCAACCUGGGAACCGGAUUGUGGUUGCCAGUACUGACUACUCCAUGCAUCAGGCAGAGGAGUUCACCCUCCUCCCAUGCCCCCACUGCACCAGCAGGCAGGUUAGAAUUCAAGGGAGACCCCAGUUUGGUCACAUCGGGGAGAUCGUGGACGGGGUGGACAUGCGGGCCGAGGUGGCGCUGCUCAGUAGGAACGUACUGGUCUACGGGGAGAUGCAAAGCGCCUGCUACGGGGACAACUGGUGCCAGUUCUUUGGUCACGACACGUACGGCGGACACAUCAAGAUCUUUGGUAACUUCACCUCAGUGCACCUGUCUCAUGUGGAGCUAAGGAACAUGGGCCAGCAGGAGAAGGGCCGCUACCCGCUCCACUUCCAUCGCUGUGGGGACGUUGACUGGCGCGGGGGCUACCGGGAACCAGCUUACGUGGAUGGCCUUUCCAUCCACCACUCCUUUUCCCGCUGCAUUAGCGUGCACGCCACCAACGGCCUGCUGGUAAAAGACACCGUGGGCUAUGACACCCUGGGACACUGUUUUUUCCUGGAGGAUGGGAUUGAGCAGAGAAACACGUUCUUCCACAAUCUGGGUUUGGUGACCCGACCGGGAACCCUCCUGCCCACUGACCGCAACGACACCAUGUGUACCAGCAUUCGUGACAAAGUCUUCAAGAACUACACUCCUUCACCCAGCAUGGAGUGCAAGGCAGUGUCUACGUUCUGGAUUGCCAACCCCAAUAACAACCUCAUAAGCAACGCAGCUGCUGGAUCUCAGGAUGCUGGGAUAUGGUAUGUCUUCCAUAGCUCAUCCACAGGGGAUUCCCAUGGGUUGGUUCCUGAGACCCGGGCAGAGCUGACACCACUGGGGAUCUUCUACAACAACCGUGUGCACUCCAACUUUAAGGCUGGGCUCUUUAUUGAUAAACGUGUGAAGACCACCAAUGCCAGCGCUUCUGACCCUCGGGAGUACCUGUGUCUGGACAACAAUGCCCGAUUCCGUCCACAUGAGAAUGCAGACCCAAACCGUCCGCGGGUGGCGGCUCUCAUCGACACACUCAUUGCAUUCAAGAACAACGACCUUGGCGCCUGGAUACGGGGCGGUGACAUCACUGUGAAAAACUCUGGAUUUGCAGACAAUGGGGUGGGACUCUCCUUUGCCAGUGAUGGUAGCUACCCUAAGGACGAGGGCUCCAGUCAGGAGGUGACCCAGUCGCUGUUUGUGGGUGAAAGCCGGAACCGUGGUUCCAACGGGGGCCAAAAUAAGUACUGGGGACAGGGAGGAGCAGAUGGCAAGAUGAGGACACUGCCCAGGAACAAGACCUUCCCGAUCCGUGGCUUCCAAAUCUACGAUGGUCCAGUGCAGCUGACCCAGAGCACGUUCCGAAACUAUGUACCAACGACAGAGCGCUUCACCAGUGCUGUGGGCUUCAACCUGAAGAACACCUGGCAACUGACACCACGCAACAACCUGUCCAAGCUCAGCUUUCAGCCCACGGUGACUCUGAAGGCGUUCUUUGGCCGUCCGGGCCAGUGGUUCGAAGACAAUGAUCUGGACGGGGACAAGAACUCAAUCUUCCACGACGUGGACGGCUCCGUGUCGGGCUACAGGGACACGUAUGUUGGCAGAGCGGACAACUACCUGAUCCGUCACCCUGACUGUGCCAACGCCACCCAGUGGGGUGCCGUGAUCUGCAGCGGCAGCUACUCCCAGGUGUACAUCCAGACCCAGGGGGCCCCCAACCGCACUCUAUCCAUCAGCAGAGAUGAGUACCCUGAGGCUCCGCUGUUGCUGAGGGGCAUCAACAGCCAGGGGGCGCUGUCACAGCAGUACCAGCCUGUCCUCAUGAUGAGCAAGAGCUACACCCUGCACUGGAAUGGGCCGGCUCCCCGGGAGAUCGUCCUCUCGCUCAUCAACUUCAACCAAGGUGACUGGGUGCUGGUGGGUCUCUGCUACCCCACCGACACCACCUUCCAGGUAAUGGCUGACAUCAAUGACCGGCAGAAAAACACCUUCGACAACAUCACCGACUAUGGGACGGUGGCUUCCCUUACCGAGCUAGAGAAGAAGCUCCUGGAGAGGAAGUAUUUCUUUGACCGCAGUGUUGGUUUGCUGUGGCUGUAUUUGCGGGCGAGGCAUGGGCGCCAUGGCCACAGCUACUGCUCGGUGAAAGGCUGCGAGCGAGUGAAGGUGACGGCCACCACGUCUUCCUCCAAGCUGACGUGUAACUGCACAGCCAAAGCCUACCCCAAAUACACCAAGACUCCCUCUGCAGCAGUCCCCAUGCCGACCCUCAACACCCAACCGUGUCGCGACUGUGGGGCCUCUCAGCUGGUGUUCUCCAGUGACCCGUGGAACUCCUAUCUCCAAACUCAGAUCAAGUCGCUCAGCAACAAGGAGCAGCAGAGCGGAGACACACUGUCAUUUAUCAAUGUGAACGGUGAGACAUUGUCCUUCACACAGCCAGGCUUCUUCCUGGUUUCUGUUGAUGCCUGCUCUGGAAAAGUGACCAAGAAGUCUUCUUUCUCCAAAAUGGACACCAAAAUGGAGCAGCAUCUUAAGACUGGAAUACCAAAAAGGUCAAUAGUGCUUCUGGGAACACGAGGAAAACCUCAUGGUUUGGAAGGUGUAGCACAGUAUCUGGUGCCCCUGGGCAUGACCAAAGCAGCCGAUCUGCAGGGUAAAGAGAGCCUGGCGUUUUGGGGGUUUCAGGGUGGCUCGGCUCCCCUUCCAUGGGCCUCCAUCCUGGCUGGGAAAGGUGAAGUACAGCUGGGAACCCUGGAGCGUUACCUUCCCCUCAGUCUGGAGGCCUACGGCUGCACGCAGCUCAGCACGCGCAGAGACCUGGAGCUACUCAAGAGCACCACCAAACCACAGUGACCAAUGUGAAAACGACUUAACCCACAACACAACCAACCAGCGAAUGAAUGUGAACUACUAAACUUCUAUUUAUUAUUGUUUUGGCAAAGGUGUUUACUAAUUGGGUGGGAAGAGAGAGGGUGCCUGCGUGUAUGUGUGUGUGUGUUUUCGUGUGUGAGUGUGCGGGUGUGUGUGUGUCGAGUGUCGAAUGUGUGUGUCUUGGGGAGGGUUUGUAGAGCCACGAAAAGAUGCACUUUCCUAAACGCAAAUAAUUUGCCAUAUCAGCCAUUCAUCUCACAGAGCAAUGGAUUCAUAAACAGUACAGCCCAUGUAUAUCAGAGAAAACCAAUACAAAGACCCUACACAUUAGCCAUAUUAAAAUGAAACUGACUUGGAACUGGAAAUCAAUGGGGAAGUAUAAAUGCAGCCAAAUAUAUAUAUAUAUAUAUAAUUUUUUUAAACACAAUUUGUUACCAAAUACAUGCAAUUUUUAAUUAAAACUUGGUUAUAUAAUUACCUUAUUUUUUAUAUUGUGUUUUCAGCACUGCAGAACCUAAUACUUGUUUACACAGCCUUAAGCAAUUGUAACUGCAUGCUGAUAUUUUUUUUGUGGCCAUCACUGCUUGUCAUACUUUCUACGCUAACAUUCUUCAGUGUCCCACUCCACAUGCUGCUUUCAGCUUUGUCCUUACAGUAUAUUAUGAAUCUGAUUCUGGAACCCAUCAUUGCCCACUUUGGAGCAGUUCAAUAAUUCUUCUUAACCAUUUAUGGACCUAGGACUCUUAUUAAUAUUUCACAAGGCCUUGCACACAUUCAGGGCCCCCCAGUACUGUAACAGAAACCCCACAGCUACUACCCAAUAUUAAAGUUCCUAUGUUUACCAUCGACCAAAUUAAUUGUCCAAAGAAAAGGAAACCCUGUCCGUAAUAACUUACACUGAAAGCGCAACAAUACAGUGGUGUUGGUUGGAUGACUCUUGAUCUGGGCUGUUGAAUUAGUGCAACGUGCAACCCAGUGUCCCAAGAAAAUGCCUGUUGGAGGUUUUCUAUCUUUCAGCAGGACAACAUCAUUUAAAGCACCCUGGGAUGGUUCAUAAAAAAUUCUCAUGGCAAUCACUGAAAAAACGCAUACAGUGGACGGCCCCCCUUAGGCAUUGAAGAAUCGGAUCGUUUUGCUGUUAAUGUCAACCAGGUUGCCAGGAGAAAGGUGCAACAACCUCUUUUGAGGCUGCAAGAAGAAUUUAUUCAGUUAUUUUGGCCAUAGUCUGUGCACCCAGUUAAAGCUCCCAGAUGUCCAUCGUUUUGUCUCUCAUUUGUCUUGAAAAAAACUACAACAAAAACAAAUUUUACAAAUUAAUAAACACAUUAAUACUUUUUUUAAUGAUUGAAAUAAAAUGCAGAUUGAAAUAAAAUUCAGAUUUUAUUUCAAUCAUCAAGAGGGUCUGUAUAUUUGGCUGCAAUUAUUCAGUUCCCCCUGAUGAUGUUUUGUCUCAGGCCAGAGUUUGACCAGUCUGCUGCUCACCACAUUAAAGAUGGGAAAACAAUAAGAAGAUUGGUGAAGCAAACCAAAGAAAAACACUUACAUAUGUUCUUGUUUUCUGUCUGUUCCCAUGCUCCUUUUCUAAGCAGUUUUUGCACGUCCCUGGUGGCAUGUUGUUCAGCCACUAGAUCUGUUACAACUGGGUUUUACUUCAUAAGUUAUCUAAGUGCAGCUGUAUUUUACUGAAAAUACUUUAUAUGGGAUACCGUUGAGCGUGUAUUUUCAGCAAACCUCUUUUCCAAAGAUGUCUGCUUUUGUUACAUAUUUAUUUGAUAGCUACACAGUGUCACUUCACCCUGUGUGCUGUCUAUGCCCACAGCCAAGAUAGCUUUUUAUUCUUCUGUUCUUUGCAUUAUCACACCUUUGAAUUGUUAACAAAUGCCAAAAGGUAUCAAUGCCAAAAGUAUGCGUUUUACAAGAGUCAGGCUGGCUUUUAAUGAGGUAAUAUUGCCGUUCAUCAAAUGCAAACUGAUAGUCCAUACCAAACCCAAGUCUUACUGUACCUCUGAGGCCUUGUUGGUGGUUUGUGCAGGGCUCCCCAACUGUGCUGGUGAUUAGUAACUUUGGACUUGACUAUGUGUAUUCAUUGUAACUCGCCAUGUGAGGUCCAAAGCAAUGGUCAAACAUUUGCCAACUCUGCAAAUGCGUUGCUCCGGGCAAACGUAGUCGAAUGCAACUAUUGUGAGAUAUCCUGCAUGGAGACGUACCUGCUUUUUAACCACUGUACUGUUGUAAAUAAGACCUUUUUUUUUGUUAUGCUAGUUUUUAUCCCUCAGUACCUUCAGGAUGCACAAACCAAGAUUUGAGCUUUUUUAAUAGGAAUGAGUUUUCCAAGAAUGUUGGUGGUGUGGAUGAAUAUAUUGAGAGUCUGUUAAUGGUGUUUGUGUGUACGACUGCCUUUCAAUAUGGAGUGAGUAUGCGAUGUUAAAUCAUUGCUCAUGAGCUUUUGUUUAAUCUAAUGUUUAUAUUUACAUUUCAUACAUCCUCAGUGCUCUUAUGAAAUUGCAGUGUUGAUAGCCAUUUAUACUUUGUGAUAAAAGGUGUCCUUUUA